UGUGGCAGCGUCUUUGAGCAACGGUUCAUGUGCGUGCGGCACAUCUGGAGGCACAAUUUGCAGAAGCCGGAGUUUUUUGUGUGUGGGACGUGUCAGAAGCAAUUCAAUAAGAGGUCCAAUCUGGUGCGGCACGAAGCAAUGCACGAGAGAGAAAAAGCGGAACCUCCGAAGCCGAAGAAACCGCCCAAAUUUCAUUGUGAUAAAUGUCAAAGGCCAUUCUGGAAAAGACACAAUCUCAACAGACACCAGUUGGUGCACGAUAAGGAGGAGGCCAAUUCGAAAGGGCAAACAAUUGAAGCAUAUUUGAAAUCUUGAAACGAUUACUUAUUUCAAACAGUACAUGCAUUCCAGCGUCAAUAAAUGAGUAAACAGUGAAAA